UCUGCUAGCGUUUUUCAAAAGUUUUAAAGCAACAUUCGUUCACUUCUAUUAGUAAUGAUGGUUGAAAUCUGUAACACAGAUUACUGUUAAUACUGUUCAUUGAGUAAGUCAGGUGUUUGGGUUCCUUAAACGUUGCUAUGGCAAUGAUAUCACGCUACAAACCAUUCGUUUUCCAUUUUCGUUAGCCUAUUAGGAGAUUUUAUUCAUGAAGAAUAUAUUUUUACAAGUUGAAUUCCAAGUUUCAAAAUGUUUCAAACAAACAAACGUAUCAAAGAAGGCGAAUACACAAAAACAAUUUAUAUGAUGAUCAAAGAUCAGAACUACAACGAAGCUAUUAUUCUAUUGAAUAAUAUUCUCGAUUUCAACCUUAACUCUCGUGCAGCUUUAUCAUUACUGGCAUAUUGUUACUUUCAAGUUCAAGAUUUUGUAAAUGCUUCAAACUGCUACGAGCAAUUGACUAUUCUGUUCCCCGAAGAAUUGCAUUACAGAAUUUACUACGCCCAGGCUUUGUACCAAGCUUGUCUGUAUGAAGAAGCUAUGAAAGUUACCAAUUCUGUGAAAACACCUUCCUAUCAGAAAGAGAUAACUAAAUUGAAAGCUGCCAUUAAAUAUGGCCAAGAAGAUAUUACUGGUGCAAGAUCUCUUCUCGAGCUCUGCGGUACGCCUGAAGAAGAUCCUGAUAUUACAGUUAAUCAAGGAAGCUUGUUCUAUAAAGAAGGUCAUUACGAAGAAGCAUUGCAAAAUUUCACUACUGCGCUGACUAUUUGUGGAUACGAACCUCACUUAUCGUAUAAUGUAGCUUUGUGUUAUUAUAGGCUGAAAGAGUAUACUUCAGCUCUGAAACAUAUCGGUGAUAUUAUUGAACGUGGAAUACGAGAACAUCCUGAAUUGAACGUAGGUAUGACUACAGAAGGGAUCGAAGUACGAAGUGUAGGCAAUACUCAAACCUUACACGAGUCAGCUCUCGUUGAAGCGUUCAAUUUGAAAGCAGCCAUCGAAUAUCAACUUAAAAAUCAUGACAACGCCAGAGAAGCUUUGACCGACAUGCCACCUCGAUCUGAAGAAGAAUUAGAUGCUGUUACUCUACAUAAUCAAGCUCUAAUGAACAUGGAUACGAAACCUACCGAAGGCUUUGAAAAACUCCAAUUUCUUCUGCAACAGAAUCCAUUUCCUGCUGAAACGUUGGGCAAUUUAUUAAUACUGUAUUGUAAAUACGAAUAUUAUGAUCUAGCUGCGGAUGUACUAGCCGAAAACAGUCACCUAACCGUAAAAUACCUAUCACCGUAUCUUUAUAACUUUUUGGAUGCUUUAAUUAUACAACAAUCAGCUCCGGAUGAAGCCUAUCGUAAAUUUGAUGAAAUCGCUACUCGUCAAAUAGAUCUUCUUCGUAAAGCCACGAAAACUGUUCAAGAAGCUAGAGAAACAAGAGAUGAUGAGACUGUCAAGAAAGCAGUUGUAGAUUAUGAAGAUACACUGGAAAAGUACAUCCCAGUUUUAAUGGCACAAGCUAAAAUCUACUGGGAUACCGAAAACUACGCUCAAGUUGAAAAUAUUUUCCAUAAAUCUGUGGAGUUUUGUAACGAAAAUGAUACUUGGAGGUUGCACGUAGCUCACGUAUUAUUCAUGCAAGAUAAAUUCAAAGAAGCGACUGGCUUUUACGAACCACUGGUUAAGAAAUCGUAUCAUAAUAUAAUCAACGUUAGUGCCAUAGUUUUGGCUAAUUUAUGUGUUUCUUACAUUAUGACUGCUCAAAAUGACGACGCCGAAGAAUUAAUGAGGAAAUUAGAAAAAGAAGAGGAUAGAUUGAUCUACGAAGAUCCAAAUAGAAAAGUUUUUCAUCUUUGUAUCGUUAAUUUAGUAAUAGGGACUCUGUAUUGUGCCAAAGGAAAUUACGAAUUUGGUAUAUCGAGAAUAAUAAGAAGCUUAGAACCGUACGAUAAGAAAUUAGGCAUGGAUACGUGGUUUUAUGCCAAAAGGUGCAUUCUUUCUUGGCUCGAAAAUAUGGCAAGACAUUUAUUAUUUCCUACCGAUACUUUUAAUCACGAUGUGAUGAAAUUUUUGGAUCACUGUGCUCUGCACGGAAUUCAAGUGAAAGCUUACCAAGAACAACCAUUACAGGAUACCAGAUUUAAGCAUCAUAAAAAUUCGGUUACCUACGAAGCAAGACUACUGAAGGCUAUUUUAUUAGAAAUUUUAGAUUAUUAAAUGUCAACUUUGUUUUCAUUCGUUGAAAUAUAUUUAAAUUUAAAUUAGUUCAAAA